CUGUUACGGAUGUGUCGAUAUAUAUGUUUUUUAAAUACGGGAGCAUCUCUAGGUAGUUGUUGGGCAUUCUCUUCGGUUGCAGCGGUAGAGGGAAUCAAUCAGAUCAUAACGAAAGAGUUAGUCCCGCUGUCAGAACAAGAACUAGUAGACUGUGUCUAUAACACUAAUAAAAACAAAGGUUGUGGAGGCGGUUUCAUGCACCGAGCGUUCGAGUUUAUCACGAAGAAUGGUGGAAUCACUGCUGAGGAAAACUAUCCCUACAAAGCUGUAAAUGAAAAUUGCCAGACUCCAAAGGAAAGUACUGCAAAGAUUGAUUGGUAUGAGAAUGUUCACCAACACGAAGAUGCGCUUCUGAAGGCUGUUGCGAACCAACCUGUAUCUGUCGCAAUUGAUGCUAACAACUUACAGUUCAUGCACUACACUGGGGGAGUAUUUAAGGGGCCAUGUGGAAAUGAGUUAACCCACGCAGUGACAGUGGUCGGGUAUGGGACUGACUCACACCAAACCAAGUUUUGGAUACUGAAAAACUCAUACGGACGCGGAUGGGGAGAAGAAGGUUACUUGAGGAUCGAGCGUGGAAUCGAAGAUCAUGAAGGACUAUGCGGUAUUGCAAUGGACGCUUCCUAUCCAAUCAAACAUAAAUUUCGCAAUCAAACAUAA